AUGGGCGUUCAUGCAGGAUAUGGUGGCCUGCACCCGCGCGCAAUUUUGGGUGAAGUGCUGAAGAGGCAGCUGAUCAAUGACAAGGAGGCCCGCAUGACCUCUCACGACUUGGCCCUGGCAGUCUGCUCCCUCUCAGAGCCAGCAUCCGCGGGCCAACUCUGCACUUGCUCCAAGGCGCUGAGACGGGCGAUCCACAAAGCCCUUAAGGAGCUGAAGCGCGAGCGCCUCUAUGUCGUCGGAGGCCUGGACGACAGUUUCACGCCGCUGAACGCGGUGGAGCGGUUUGACCCGGCGGACGGGUCUUGGGAGAGUCUGCCGCCAAUCAACACCGCCAGACAUGGAGUUUGCCUCGCCGUGGUGGGUGGCCAGCUCUACGUGAUCGGCGGGGAACUCCGCGGAGUGGCCCUGGCGGACGUGCAGCGCUUCAAUCCAUGGGGGAUCCAAAAAUGGGAGCAGCUUCCGCCGAUGUCCGUGGGUCGGAUCAAGGCUGCAGCGUUCGAAUGCCAGGGCUACCUCUAUGUGCUGGGGGGCCAUGACGGCUUCAACGCUCUUUGUUCCGUCGAACAGUUCCACCCCAAGACACAGAAGUGGCAGGAGGUGACGCCGAUGCAGAAGCCGAGGUACGCCUGUUCCGCCACCUGCGCAGAAGGGCGCAUCAUCGUCUUCGGCGGAGAGCUCACAGAAGCGGGUGCGGCCGCCACCUUCGAGGUCUUCGACUCCAAGGUGGGCAUGUGGCAGCUGUAUCCCUCGGUGCGGUCCCCGCUUUGCGGCGCAGUUUCGAUCAUCGGCGAAGCCGGAGAAGUCUACAACUUUGGAGGCCUUGGCCUAAGCGGCCAGGCGUUGACCUUUGCGGAGCGAGCGGCGCUGAACGAGACGGCAAAGCCGCGCUUGAUGUUCGGCAAACAGACCUGGACACCUCUGCCACCCAUGCCAACUGCACGGCAGCAGAUGUCCGCCUGCAUGUUCCAGGACCUUUGGGUGCGAGACCUGACGCCAAAGCGGCAAAGGCUAGCGGUACAGACUAGGUGA